UCAAAGGCCCCAUAACCUGCAACCAGGUGAGACAGAUUCUCUCAAAGACCUCACCGCAUGCCUUAUCCACCCUCACACACCAGAUCCCUACUCCUUCUUCUUCUUUCAAUUUUCCCUCUUUUCACUUCUCAAUUCUCCAAAUCUCUACCCAAAUUCAUCGCAAUCGCCACCCAGCCAUGAACGAUUUCGAUGGCCUCCUGGCUUCCGAUUUUGGCUUCAAACCACAGGGAAAAUCGGCUCCAAUGGCUCCUCCACCCAAGGGAUCUUCCAAUCUCAAAUUCGAUUUCGGAUCGCGAUCCAAUUCCCUCCAUGCGGAUUCCAUAUUCGGAUCCUCCGGUACCCGCAAGAACCACGAUGCCGACGGUUUCGGGGAUCUGUUCGCCGGCGGCGGAUCCGAACGUCGCGGAGCUGAUGCGCCGUUCAAUUUGGAUUCCGCGUAUAGCAGGGCCGACGGUGAUUUCGGUUCCAGGUCCGCAAAUUCGCCGCCGCCGGUGUACGACAAACCGGUAUACGACGACGACAUUUUCGACGGCGUUCCUGGCUUGAAGAGCACGACCGCUAAGGUUAAAUACAAUGAUGUCUUUGCGUCGUCGGCGACUCCGGAAGGUGGUGUUGGCGCAUUUGAUGAUCUUCUUGGUGGGUUUGGUAGGCAAUCGAAGAGUUCGGGUGGGAAGAGAUCGGAGAAGGAUAAUAAAGGUGUUCCUGAUUUUGAUGAUUUACUAGCUGGAUUCCGAAGCAGUAAGCCAUCUGGUGACAGGCACGCCCCUGAUAUCGGUUUGUCCUCAGGACCAACUGCCAAUGUAUCUAGAACAACCUCCACUGCAGCUGAAGACCCUUUCAAAGUAUUUGAAUCAGCUUCAGUCCCAAUGGAUUCGCCCACAGGCCACUUUACGGACCCAUUGGAAGAAAUUAGUAAAUUUAGUAGUUCUAGAAGAACCAAAAAUGAUAGUUUUUCAACUUCAAAUGGAAGAGUUCAUGAAGAUAUUGAUCCCUUUGAUGGGCUCGGAAAAUCUGUACCAGCAUUCUCAUCAGAGAGAAGUAGUAGGAAGGGUAGUAGUUCUCCAAGGUUGAAUACAAGGACUAGCUGGGCUAGAGAUAAAGAACCAGUUGAGAAGUUGUCUGGGAGGAGUCCUGAGAGGCACUCACAAAACAAGAUUCCUGUUGAAAAUGAUCGGGAGUUUCCGCAGGCCCCAUUUUAUGUUCCCACAUAUUCAUCUGAUUCUAAUAAGUCAAUGGGCCAAAGGUCUACUUCCCCUCCAUUUGAUAAUGUUGGUUUUAGACAAACCAAUAUUCAGGUAGAUAUGUCUCCAAAAUAUGAAGAAAACUUCGAAUCAAAUGACGAUGUAUGGCUGACGGUAUCAGAGAUUCCUCUCUUUACACAACCAACUAUUGCUCCACCACCUUCAAGACCCCCUCCUCCACGGCCAGUACAUAUUCCCAAAUCAGGAACUGGUUCAGCUGCUUCUAUCAAUACUAGAAAGAAUGCUAAUGAAUAUUCUUCUUUCCCAAGUUCCACUCGAUUCUCUCAUGUUCCCAAGUCUGCUCCAGCUGCAGCAAGGGUAUCCCCUGCAUCUCAAUUUGAUGAACUUGAUGAUUUUGCCAUGGGCAGAAAUCAUGGUAAUGAUGAUGAGAGUAAAAAUGGUCUUCCUAAUGAAGAAUUAGAGAUGAACUCAGCUGCUGCAGCUAUGAAGGAGGCAAUGGUUAGAGCUGAAGCUAAAUUUCGGCAUGCAAAGGAAUUUAGGGAGAGAGAGUAUGCAAAGUCUGCUAGAAGCAAAGAACCUGUGCAAUUGGAAAAAGAUGAGAGAGCUAUGCUAGAGGAGAGAGAAAAACAGGAAAGGUUAGACCGUGAGCGGCAGAAAAAGGAGAGGGAGGAAAAGGAGCAAAGAAGACUAAUGAGAGAAAGGGAAGAGAAGGAAAGAGAACAACAACGAUUGGAGAGGGAAAAGGCAAGACAAGCUGUAGAAAGAGCUACUAGAGAAGCACGUGAAAGAGCAGCUGUUGAAGCACGCCAAAGAGCUGAAAGGGCUGCUGUUGACAAAGCUAAUACUGAAGCUCGAGAGCGUGCUGAAAGGGCUGCAGUGCAAAGGGCACAAGCUGAAGCCCGAGAAAGGGCUGCUGCAGGGGCAAAGGAAAGAGCUGAAAAGGUUGCUGCAGAGGCAAAGGAGAGGGAAACACGGGAAAGAGCUACAGCUGCAACGGCUGAAACUGAAGCACGAGUUAAAGCAGAACGUGCUGCUGUAGAAAGGGCUGCUGCUGAGGCCCGAGAAAGGGCUGCAGCUGCUGCAAGGAUGAAUCAACAAAAUGCAAGAAUGAAUCAACAAAAGAAUGAAAAUGAUCUUGAAUCCUUCUUUGGCAUGGGUGCACAAGCCAGUAGUGCUUCAAGGCCUCCUAGGGCUAACUCUUCAGACUCUGUAUUUGAAACCCAAUUUCAGUCAGAUGUAACAAGGAAAUCUACAGGUACAUCUUCAAGUAUGAAGAAAGCUUCAUCAUCCACUAAUAUUGUUGAUGAUCUUUCCUCAAUCUUUGGAGCUGCUGCUCCAUCUUCUGGAGCGUUUCAGGAAGUUGAAGGGGAAAGUGAAGAAAGGCGAAGAGCCAGGUUGGAACGCCACCAGAGGUCUCAAGAGCGUGUGGCAAAAGCAUUGGCUGAGAAGAAUCAGCGGGACUUACAAACACAAAGAGAUCAAGCUGAGAGACACAGGGUUGCUGAAACACUGGAUUCUGAAAUUAAGCGGUGGGCUGCAGGGAAAGAGGGGAACUUACGAGCUUUGCUCUCCACCUUACAAUAUGUGUUGUGGCCUGAAUGUGGUUGGCAGCCUGUUUCUUUGACUGAUUUGAUUACAGCGGCCGCUGUUAAAAAAGCCUAUAGGAAAGCUACAUUGUGUAUUCAUCCUGAUAAAGUGCAGCAGAAAGGUGCCACUCUUCAGCAGAAAUAUAUUGCAGAGAAAGUUUUUGAUCUACUCAAGGAAUCCUGGAAUAAAUUCAAUUCUGAGGAGCUUUUCUAAUUUUUGAUGAAUUUAUCUACUUCAAGGCAGUUUGUUCAACGAUUCUGUUCAUAGUGGACUUCAGUCCUGUUUCAGCUGCCUCCGAUUGCAUAUUUGUUUUGAUUGAAGUUAAAACGCAUUGAAGGUGAAAUAUUGCUUCCUUGUCUGGCUUCUCUUGGGUGUAAUUGAUGUUCUUCCAGGGGGUGCUGGGUUUUUGCAGAUGUGUUUAUUAAUGUAGCAUGUUUUGUUGAUGUAAAUGCCCAUCUAUCAAUUUUAUUAUUCAUUAUCCCUUUUUAUUGAGGGCCCACGAGCUUUUUAUUUUUAAGGGAGAGACCCACCUGGAAGCGGGGGUGGGUCCUGUGAAGCCUCUUUUUUACCUGUGAUAUAGUUCAAUCUCUUGAAAUAUAUACCAGUUUGUGGAUGGACAGUAAAAGCUGAGAUUUAUACAUGGAUCUUCGCACAACAACUUCAUUUUAUGCAUUUAAAAUUGUUGGGAAUCAACGGGGUUUCGUUGAGCUUGUUCAUCUAUUUUUGUACGAUGCUGGGAACGCAGUCGUGAGUCCAGAUACUACUGGUGAUUUUUUUUUUUAUUUUUUUUUAAGUAGAGUUAACGUAUACCAGAAGGGUCAGGCAAACACUCAACCUCUUUACAUGAAAUACUUUUGUAUAUUUUUCAUUUGUCCAGGAUAAGUUCUGUAUAGUUAACUAUAUCCUUUGUACAUAUGGUGGUAGCGU